AUGUCCUUCCGCGUCUUCGCUCGCAGGGCGAUCGCCGCGACCGCCUGCGCGGGCGUCGGAGCGGCCGCCUACCCCUUCGUCUCCGCGCCGUUCCCGCGGGCGCUGCAGGAAUCAUCGAACGCGUCGCCCCGGGAGAGGCUGGUGGUCCUCGGCAGCGGCUGGGGCGCGGUGGCGCUCCUCAAGAACAUCGACCCGACCCUGUACGACGUCUCCGUCGUAUCCCCGCGCAACUUCUUCCUCAACACCCCGCUCCUGCCGGGCGUCACCGUGGGAACCGUCGAGGCGCGCUCGCUCAUCGAGCCCGCGGCCGCGAUCGCCGUCGACCCCGUCGCGCGAACCGUGCGGUGCAAAGACGAGUCCGAAGUCACCGCCGCGAACCCGGAGUUUACCCUCCCGUACGACAAGCUCGUCGUCGCGGUGGGCGCACCCCCCAACACCUUCGGCACCCCGGGCGUCCGCGAACACGCCAAAUUCUUAAAGGAGGUGGACGACGCCAUCGACAUUCGGCGCAAGCUCGCGGACCUCUUCGAGACCGCGUCCCUUCCCGGGGUCCCGGAGGAGGAGCAGCGCAAGAUGCUGUCGGUGCUCGUCGUGGGGGGCGGGCCGACGGGGGUCGAGUUCGCCGCGGAGCUUCACGACUUUCUCCGCGAGGACGUCCCGCGACUCUACCCGGCGCUCAGAGAUAAGAUCUCAAUCACCGUGGUGCAGUCCGCGGAUCACAUCCUCAACACGUACGACGCGCGCAUCAGCAAGUACGCCGAGGAAAAGUUUAAACGAGACGGGAUUCGGAUCCUGACGAACCGACGCGUCACCGACGUUUCGCAGGCGCACGCGUCCGUGAUGUGUAAGAAGACAAAGAAAAUUGAGAAGAUCCCGUUUGGGGUUUGCGUGUGGUCCACCGGCCUCGGCACCGCCCCGCUCGUCCGCUCCAUCAUCGCCGCCGCGGGGCAGCCGCCGCGACGCAGGGCGGUGAGCGUCGACAAGUACCUCCAGGUGAGGGGUUUAGAGCCGAGGGGAAGCGUUUUGGCUUUGGGCGAUUGCGCCGACGUGAAAUCCAAAGCGGCCGCCGGCGGGGAGCUCCUGGACAAGGCGGACGAGCUGUUCAAGCGCGCCGACGUGGACAAGAACGGGACGGUGGACAAGGACGAGUUCGUGAACAUCCUCAAGACGCUGGAGGAGUCGUACCCGCAGAUCGCGACGCUGACGAAGGGCGCCGCGGAUGGGAUGUUACACGACAUCCUUAGUAAGUUUGACGAAGACGGCGACGGGAGUCUGGACCGCCGCGAGUUCCGCCGCGCGAUGGCCGAGGCGGACUCGCGGCUCGCCUCGCACCCGGCCACCGCGCAGGUGGCGAACCAGCAGGGCGAGUACCUCGCCAGGGAGCUCAACGCGCAGGGAAGGGCGAGGCGUGCCGGCGUCGAAGAUCCGGCGCCGACGAGGCCGUUUGAGUACGUUCACCUCGGUUCGUUCGCGACGCUCGGGGGCGAGCAGGCGGCGUUGGACACGAGCGGGAGCCCGCUGCCCGGCGACUUCGUGAGCCAGGGCAUCGGGACGAUGGUACUGUGGUACGGCGUGUACUUCAGCAACUGCGUGUCGUGGAGAAACAAGGCGAUGGUGGUGUUGGACUGGACGAAAAAAGGCGUGUGGGGACGGGACUCGAGUCGCGUGUGAUGA